AUGCUGGCAUUGAUUGCAGCUACAGCAGGUGUGGAUCACCACGUCUUACUGUGGAACCCCUAUGUGACCUCUAAGCCAGUGUAUGCGCUCAUCGGGCACUCGAGCCCUGUCACCGCAGUUAAUUUCAUGAAAACCAAACAGCAACUGAUCAGCUACUCCAAAGACAAGGUAGUCAGCAGUGACUCUGCCUCCUCUGUGAUCUGCUGGCAGGCUGACACAGGUCAAAAAGUCAUACUGUUCAGUCGUUGCCAUGACAACAUGGGGAUCUCCACCAUGAGCUUGGACAGUACGCAAACCCAGCUGUUUACUGCAGGCACCGAUGGACAGGUCAAAUGCGGGACUUCAAUGGCUGGGUCGCCUGUGAACAUCUCGCAGGUCUUGUUGCUGAGCAGAAGCCUACUGGUGAUAGGCUGGAAAAGUUUUAUUUUUCUGAAACCAAGUAAAGAUGUCGCUGAAGAACUCCCAAAACUACUGCAGAGUUUUCAGCCGCACCUUGGUCAUGUAACUCAGUUGGAGAUAUUUAGGCACAGUGACAGGCUUCUGCUCCUCUCAUCCUCUUCAGACUGCAAUUUGGCUCUAAGCUACCUGCUUGGACAGACCGUUGCCUUGUUCGGACAGGCUGAUGAGAAUGAGGAACACCUGCUACCCUCAGCAACAGGGGAUCUUGGCGGCAUCUAG